AUGGCAUCUGCUUCUAAUCCUGUGACAUCGGUCGUGAACCCUUUCAAUCAAAAAGAGACUCUUCUCUACUAUAUCACACCGAAGCGUCAACUGGCCCUUGAAAGAUGGCCUUUAGAUCCUGGUGCUGCUAGUAAUCGUAGAUUGCACAAUGAUAAUGGAACUAUUGAUGGUAGAUUUGCAACUCCUGGUGUUCUUGCUACUGUCGUCCGUCAGGGUGUGAUUACAGUCUAUGGCUUCCUUCCCGCCAGUCAAUUCGACGCAUCUGGGACAGACGACUCUCCGAAGACGGAAGUUAACUAUGUUGCCCAGUUGAGCCCAAUUGUCAAUCCUGUCAAGGCUGGAGAAGAUAUGCAAACAAGUUUGUUCGGCCUAGCUGCAGCGGAUGAUGGCGAUACUACUACAUGGAUCUACUACACCAAACUGCCAGCGCCAGGAGAGGACCCAAUCAUCUACGAGAGCACCAUCAAUGUCGACUCAGCUCAGGCAAAUCCUCUGAAUAAAGACCUUCAGCCACUCGUCAACUCAAAACUAGCCGUCAUCAAAUACCCAGAAUCUGAUGAUCGUAUUCUGUUCUACCAAGAUAACGACAAUGAUAACAAAAUCUACGCUUACUUCCCAAGCCGCGACGAAGAUAGCUCGAAAACUCUCAACCGCUCUGCCGCAUUCCCAGGAACUCCCUUGGCUGCAACAAUCAGUGGUUCAGGCGAUAGUCUUGUGACCUACGUCUAUUUUGUGGAUCCAUCGAAGGAUCUUGUUUGCUCUAUUAAGAGGGGGGGCAUUGAUGGCAAAUGGGAGGCCCCAAUCCUUGUUCCCAAGUCCAAAAAAGUUAAUGCGAACUCGCAAUUGACUGUGACUACGGAUUCUAAGCAUAAUCAUAUUUUCUAUAUUGAGACAGGAGGCAGGAGUUACACGGAGCUCGUUCAUACGUUGGUUAAAUAA